AGUGCUGCAGCAGAACACUUGAGAUGCUAAAGGUCUCACUGCUUUUGGCAUUUUAUGUCACUUUCUUAAGGACAGCCGCUCAAACAAACGCGCUCGAAUGCUACGCUUGCAGCUACUUGCUUGGCCAGAGUGAUGCCACCUGCCUGACAAAUGCCAGCGCUGUGCGUGCCCUCAACUGCACCAAAAAGUAUUGCCUCACAGUGCGGCAAGAAGCGAUUCAUAAUGGGAACAAAGUCAUUUCCUUUCUACGUGACUGCCAAGAUAAGCCGGUUAUACUGAACGGAGUUAAGACAGACGAUUCUUUUCGCUUCUACUAUCGCUCCUGCCAGCAAAAUCUGUGCAACGGACACAACGGACGCGUCUCCAACUCGAGUGGUGGAGGUGGCGGUGGCGGUGGAGGGGUUGGAGCACUGGGUGGCAAUCACAAUGCCAUUAUACCUGGAAAAAAUGGUUGCUUAGGAUCUAGACCAGACAGCGUUUGGUUGAGAUUGUUGUUGCUGCUGAUGCCUGCUGCUGCUGCUACUUGGUAACUGUAAUUAGCAUUAAAUGGAUGCGAUGAAAAAUGUCUUAAGGACAAGGCAGAUUAUAAUCCUAAUGUCUACCAGAGAUGAAAAUAAAAUGCCGACAGCGGCCAAUUAAAACA